AUGGAACCAUCCAAAGACGUUUUGGAGAAGGAACGAACCGUUUCUGACUCAGCGAUACUAUCUGAGAUCGAUAGAACUAUGAAGAGACAUACAGAUAACAUGCUGAUCAUUUUAGAAGGUGUUAGUUCCAGGCUGAUCCAGCUGGAGAGCAGAACUCGCAACCUCGAGAGUUCUGUGGACGAUUUGAAGGUUUGUGUUGGGAACAAUCAUGGAAGCACUGAUGGGAAGAUGAGACAGCUGGAGAAUAUCCUCCGGGAGGUACAAACUGGAGUACGGGAUGUGAAGGAUAAGCAAGAACUACUUGAGUCACAGCUUCACCUUCAAAACCUUCACGUCUCUAAUGUCAACCAGCAUCAACAAGAGCCACAAAACACCGGCCAGGCUGCAACUGCUGUGCAGCAACAAGCACCAUCUGCCUCUGCCCCUGCCCCACCGCAAUCCAUCAUCAACAUGCGCCUCCUCAAUUAG